AUUUUUUUUGUUUAGGUAGAUAUCUUUUGAUUAGUGAUUUAUUAUAAAAUUAUUAAAAUAUAAAAAAUAUUCAAACGCUGUGUCAUCGAGUUUAGGUUAACUUAAUAAUUAAUGUCAGACACUUAACUGCAUUUCAAUAAUUGUCAACAUGACUUCUAGAGGAGACAUACAAUAUUCAACAAAAUAUGAAGACAAUAUGUAUAUUUAUAGGCAUGUAAUCUUACCAGAAGACAUGGCCAAACUCUUACCUAAGACUCAUUUAAUGACUGAAACUGAGUGGCGAAAUCUUGGCAUUCAAAUGACUUCUGGUUGGAUGCAUUACAUGAGAUAUGAUCCAGAACCUCAUAUAGUACCAUUCAGACGACUUAAAAAAGUGAAUAAUUAAUAAAUGACGUAAUGAUGUGAUAAUUUAUUGAAAUUUUAUUAUUUAUGUACUAAGAUAAA